AUGGGCCGCAGAGCAAAGUACCUCACUCUAGAUGACAAAAUGGCUGCGCUGCGUCGACAGAAAGCAGCGUAUUCACGGACAGAACGGGGAAAAGCAGCACGACAAGCUCAAAAUGCCCGUGCUUAUAUCAAACACCAUAGAAGACGAGGAGGCCCUACGGCCCAUACCAAAUCAGCAGAUUCCGAGUCCACAUAUCCUAAGCGCCAGCGCCAGUCCAAGUCCAAUGCUCCCGCAAAGCCUCUCCCAAAACAAAACGCAAAGCCUCCGUCAAAUCAAAGUCAAAACCCUCUCCCUCUCCCAAACCAAAACGCAAACGCCUUCCUAAAAACCAUCCUAACACUUGCCUCACUUCCCCUCCCAACCUCCUUCCUCUUCCACCAAGCCCUCUCAGGUUCACCUCAAAUCAAUGAAUCAGACCUCCCCCAAUGGGAUAUACCACCGCCCUACGACUCUCCUAUUCCACCAGAUACACACGACGAAGCGCAGUUCACGAGGAACCUUGUUGAUGUUAUGCAUGGGCGGUGUUUGCGUUUGGAGAGGGAGGCGUGUGUGAGGCGGAAGCGGGUGUUUGAGAUGGGGAUGGGAAAGGUUCUGAGUGGGGGAUUGGAGGCGGAGGUGAGGGAGGCGGAGCGGAGGAUUAUGGAUUGCUGGGAUGAGGAUAAGCUCAAGGUUGAUAUUCACGGGUGUGUGCCAUUAUCGACUGAUUGUGAGAGGCAUCGAGUUAUGGCAAAGUGUUAUUGGCAGUGGCAGGCAAGAAAGAUUCACAAGUAUCGGCAGGAGGCUGGUUUAUUGGCGUCUGGACAGAAUCCGUACUUAAGCGUAGAUUGA